AUGUCUAGUUGUAACAAGCACGCUGAGCGCGACUGGGCUUCACUUCCUCUCCUCCCUUUGUGGAAGAUAAAAGAUAAGUUAGACAUGUUUGACAAUCUGUCCCUAGCUUCCACUUGUCGCGAUUGGCACUCUCUGUCUUCAAACUACCCGAAAAGGCAAUCAAUUGGAGAUGGUAUGCCAUGGAUCAUGCAAAUGAACCAAAGCAUGGAUAGCAGUGCCCGGGACUUCAUCAGUACCUCAAGAAAGAAAAAAAUCACGUUUGAUCUUCCAGAAUUUGUUAAUGCUCUCCUGCUCUACUCAAAGCAAGGAUGGCUUCUCAUGCAUCGUAAAAACUUGUCCACAAAAAGUAAACACUAUCCAGUACCCGAUUCGUUGUUCCUCAUAAACCCGUUCACAAGGGCUAAAAUAGAACUCCCAGAUGAUGCGUAUGCCUCCAAGAAAUACCAUGGCUCUUUUUCCGCAAAAAAUGGCUACCCGUAUCGGAUUGAUGCGCGAUGUGGUUUGAUAACUAUGGGAGAAAAAGUAUACUACCUAAACUUAAAGGAAAACAUGACCAUAUUCGAUAUGAGUACUAAACUAUGGAAAGAACUGGCUGGACCGAGGAAUGAGAUUGGGUACACAUACAUCAUGGAGCAUAAAGAGAAAAUCAUAAAGCUUUUCUUCCGUGAGGAGGUACCACAUAUCUUUUAUAGUUUUGAUGAGAAUACAUUUUCAUGGGAAAAGAUUGAUGAUUUGAAGGACAUUAGUUUGUACUUGUCAAGGAAGAGUUCUUGCUUCACAGCCAAGGAUGUGGGCUUAACGGUUAACCAACUGGUGCCUAAGUACGGGGGUGUUCUUCAUGGCUUUCGUAUGACUUAUGGUUUCAGUAUUGUCUGUCAUGAUUUGAUUGAAGGGGGUACAGAAACUCUGGAGCUUCCUCUGCGGAUUGGUUCAUCAGCGAAAUGGGUGGAUAUUGGUUAG